AUUUACUAUGUCUUACCGUGUUAACAAUGCAGAAAUUGAGGGACAACAUCCACUUCUAAAAGUUACUCCUGUGAGAUUCUUAAGAAUCAGACUUGUUUUGACUGUAAAUAAAAAAAUAUGAAUUUAGAUUAUUAUUUCCAUAAUGACAGGCUGUAUGUUUGCAUUGGCUUUGAGAUGGAGUAAAAAAUUGUAUAAUUGGUUUUUAUUUACUCCUUGUAAUGUCGAAGAGACAGGAACUCAUUAUAGGGUGGAUACAUAGAAUGGUCAAUAAUUUACAUUAGAAAAACAGUAGAUGAAUGGCAUUUAUUACUUUACAUUUAGGUAAAAUUAAUUUUGAAUUUAGAUUGCUUAAAUAUGCAUUCGAUCCAAAAACUCAAUGUUAUCAGCCAAUUGAAUUUGAAACUGACGGAAAGAUAAUCAAAGAUAUAAUAGGGAAUCGUAACGUAUUGACUCAAAACUUAAAAAUAUAAUAUUAUGGGAAAUGUUAACUAUAAAUACCUAUUCAACCAUUAGCAGAGUUUUUAUUUGAGCAUUUAACUGGUCCGUUCAACAUCCUUUAAUAUUUUGCUGUUGCAGUAUGGUUUGCUUAAAAUUCAAUAACAUUUCCUAUUCUAAUAUUGGCGUUUACUGCAAUAGCUGUUGUGGUUAAUUAUAUACUAUAUAGAAGAUCAAGAAGUCUUUUAUAAAAAUUAGCAAAUAUUCAUUAGGAUGUAACAUUGAAGAGUGACACAUUAAGAACUGUCAAUGGAUCCGAGUUACUGCCAGGAGAUUAUAUAAUAUUAAAAGAAGGAUAAUAAUUGAAUUGUGAUUGUGCUAUUCUUCAAGGAGAUGUAAUGGUGAAUGAAGCAACAUUAACAGGUGAAAAUGUUCCAAUCCCUAAAACAUCAUUACCUGAUCAUUCAGUCAAAUUUAAUUUCGAAUAAUUAAACCAACACUGUCUAUUUGAAGGUACAAGUAUAGUUAAAGUAAAUUCAACAACUGAGAAUUAUGCAAUAGUACUUAGAACAGGUUUCAGUUCAUUAAGAGGUUAAUAUUUUAGAAAUGUUUUAUUCCCUGCCCCUCCUUCUUAAAGAUUUUAUGUAUAAGCUGCCAAAUUUAUACUAUCUUUUGCAACAAUCAUAGCUAUUGUAUAUGGUUUUAUGUUAAUAAAAUAUAUUCCUAUGGAAUUUAAAACAAGUUUAUUAGUUUUAAGAUUUCUUGAUAAUAUUGUUUGGUCCAUACCUCCUUCAAUGCCUAUAUUUUUUAACAUUUGUAAAACAGCUAGUUUAGUUAGAUUGGGUUCAAUUGGUAUCAAUGGUAGUAAUGCUGAUAAAAUUGAAUCUGCUGGACGUAUUGAUACUUGUUGUUUUGAUAAAACUGGUACUUUAACUACUCUAGGGUUGAAAGCAAUUUAAGUUUGGACUCAUGAUCAAUAAUUAGUAAUUUAUUUAUAUUAAAAUUAUUUAAUAGGAAUCAAUUGCUAAUUAUAUUCUAGCAUGUUGUCACCAUCUUUUGUUAAUUAAUGGGGAAUUACAAGGGGAUCCACUUGAAAUUGAAAUGUUAAAUUUUAUUGGCUGGAAAAUUAAUUUUGAAGGCAAAGCUUUUUUUUCUGUUAAAAAAGAUUAACAAGAAUUUGAAAUCAUUAAAAUUUUUGAUUUUAGUUCUGCAAGAUAAAUGAUGAGUGUUAUAGCUACUGAUGGAUCUAAUUUCUAUUUAUUUUCUAAAGGAUCUCCUGAAAUGAUUAACUAAUAAUCUUAAGAUAAAAAAUAAGUUGUUUUAGAUGAGGUUAAAAAAUAUGCCUCUAAUGGAUUUAGAGUAUUAGGAUUAGGUUAUCGUAAAUUAAAUAACAACCAAUUAGAUUUAUAAAGGGAAGAAUUAGAAACAUAAUUAAAUAUUGUAGGAAUGUUUGUUUUAGAAAAUCCUUUAAAAGAUGAUACUCCACAAGUUAUUUAAACAUUAAGAAACAGUGGCCUUGAUAUCAAAGUUAUUUCUGGUGAUAGUCCUUUAACUACUAUUUAUUGUGCUAAAAUAUCUGGAAUCAUUGAUUUCAAUUCUGAAGUUAUUAUUUUGGAUUAUAAUUAAUCUAAAAAAUAAAUUGUUAUAUUCGAUAAUGAAGAUCAAGCUAUAUAUGAUGAAAAUAUUGUAGAAAAUUAAAAUAUAAUUGAAUAAGUUAUUCAAAAUCCUAAAAUGACUGCUGUUACUGGAAAAUUUUUGGAAUUUAUUUCUAAAUUUUUAACUGUAAUUGAUCCAAAUAGAGAUACCACAAUUACUAUGACUUAAAAUAAUUCAUCUAACUAAAUUUUUACUGAAAAUAAUGCUAUCGAAUUCGAUGAUACAAAAAUGAAAGAAAUUACUAUGAAAUUAAUUUCUAAAACUAGAGUUUUUGCUAGAUAAAAACCUGAACAAAAAAAAUAAAUUGUUGCUCUUCUUUAAGAAAUGGGAAGAUAAGUUAUGAUGACUGGAGAUGGUGCUAAUGAUUGUGUAUGAUAUUUAUAAUUUAUAGAUUAGUCUGCUAUAGCUUAAGCAUAAGUUGGAAUUUCAUUUAGUGAAUCUGAUGCAUCUUAUACUGCACCUUUUAGUUCUAAAUCCACUUCACUGAAAUGUUGUAUCUAAGUAUUAGCAUAAGGAAAAGCAGCUAUUAUGACUAUUAUUGAAGUUUUCUAAUAUUAACUUAGUGUAAAUGGAAUAAAAUUUGCUGCAGUUACCAUUAUGUUUUUAGAAGUUUAAAAUUUUUGUAAUACUUCUUAAUCUAUUAUAUUUUAGCCGAAUUUUAAACUGUAUAUGUUGGAUUCAUUUCCAAUAUUCCAUUGCUAAUCUUUUUAUGUAUAUCUUCACCUGCUACAGAAUUAGCAGAAUAUAUACCAUUAGAUGAUCAAUUUUCCUAUUAAAAUCAAAUUUAAAUCUACACUAAUAUUUUCUUUGCUGUUUUAGGGUAUAAUCAAUUCAAUAAUCUAGUCUAUGUAUAAAUUAUGGUAUACUCAUUACAACUGAUAGAUUCUUCGAAUACUCUAAGCCUAUCGAGAAAUUUUAAAGAGAAGGAUACUUAAAUUCAUUAAUGUUUUUAAGUUUGAUGUAUUACUUCAUGUCUUUUGGAGUAUCAAUAUACGUAUCAAAUCCUUUUAAAGUCAAAUACUAUAAGAAUAUCUUACUAACAUUAUGGACAACUCUUGGUUUUGUUGUAGCAAUAGUAUCAUUUAUAUUUCCUUAAAGAGCUUCUUGGUGUGAUGUGAUAGAUAUUAGAGAAGACACGUAAGAAUUAAUAAUAUUUUUUAAUUCAGCUUUAAAGGAUUCAAUUGGGUAAUAUUAACAGUGGUCAUAGUAACAUCUUUUUUUGGGUUUUUUGUCCAAGCUCUUUUUUAAAGAUAUAUUCCAUCAAUGUAUAAAAUAACACAUAAGAAAUGA